CGUUAAUCAAAACGUCAACGUAACGUUUGUAAUACGUUUGUUUUUGUUUACUACCGAUUUAAAAAUGUCUUUGGCGGAUGAAUUGUUGGCCGAUCUCGAAGAACAUGAUCAUGACGACAACGACGAGCCGAUGGAAGAUGAAGAAAUUGAGGAGAAGGAAGAAAAACCCGAUAUAUCAGAAUUAAUAAUGGAACAGGACACUACACAAAUAUAUUCAGUUCGCGACAUUUGUAAACUUAGAGACUCGAAAAAAUUACAGAUCAUAAUUAAACAAAUUGAAAUGUAUGGAAAUAAAAUCAGAAAGUCAGUGGAAAUUGUAGGACCAGUGGAAUCGGAUGCAGAGUAUCAACUGAUAGUAGAAGCAAAUAAUUUAGCACAAGAUAUAGAUAAUGAAAUAAUGGCUGUGCAUAAAUUCGUACGAGAUAAGUACCAAAAAAGAUUCCCAGAACUUGAAUCGUUGGUGGUAAGUCCAUUAGAAUAUGUUAGAACAGUUAAAGAGUUAGGUAAUGAUUUAGAUCAAGCAAAGAACAAUGAAAUAUUACAACAAUUUUUAACUCAAGCAACCAUUAUGGUUGUUUCAGUAACAGCGUCAACAACUCAAGGUACGUUAUUAAGCAAGUUUGAAAAAGAACAAAUAAAUGAAGCAUGCGACAUGGCUAUGGAGCUAAAUAACUUCAAAUUAAAAAUAUAUGAAUAUGUAGAAAGUAGAAUGUCAUUUAUAGCUCCUAAUAUAUCAAUUAUAUUAGGCUCAUCUAUUGCCGCGAAAAUAAUGGGGGUAGCAGGAGGGUUAACAAGGUUAUCAAAAAUCCCAGCCUGUAAUGUUUUACUUUUGGGACAGCAAAAAAAGUCAUUAUCAGGUUUUUCACAAUCCACUAUGCUACCCAACACUGGAUUCGUUUAUUAUUCAGAGAUUGUACAGAAUACCCCUCCUGAUUUAAGAAGAAAAGCUGCUAGAUUAGUGUCUACAAAAUCCACUCUUGCUGCAAGAGUUGAUGCCUGUCAUGAGAGUUCAGAUGGGCAUAUUGGUAGACAACUUAGGGAUGAAAUAGAAAGAAAAUUAGAUAAACUACAAGAGCCUCCUCCUGUUAAGUUUAUUAAGCCACUUCCUAAGCCUAUAGACCAGUCUAAAAAGAAACGAGGUGGGAAGCGGGUAAGGAAAAUGAAGGAGCGCUACGCUUUGACCGAAUUCCGCAAGCACGCCAAUAGAAUGAACUUUGCCGAUAUAGAAGAUGAUGCUUAUCAAGAAGAUUUAGGUUACACCAGAGGUACUAUCGGUAAAGCUGGUACCGGACGAAUCCGUCUGCCUCAAGUUGACGAGAAAACUAAAGUUAGAAUAUCGAAAACGCUGCAGAAGAAUUUACAGAAGCAGCAGAUUUGGGGCGGGAGCACUACUGUUAAAAAGCAGAUAUCCGGUACAGCUUCCAGUGUGGCUUUUACUCCACUGCAAGGGUUAGAAAUCGUGAAUCCUCAAGCUGCUGAAGUAAAAGUCAAUGAAGCGAAUGCUAAAUACUUUUCUAAUAGUUCCGGAUUUUUGAAAUUAGAUAAGAAAUAACUUGUAAAUAUUCUUUAUAAACCUAAUAUCUAAUAAAUAAUUAUUGUGUAAUGAAA